AUGGAAAAUAUGUUGGCCCAGCCCGCUCAAGAUUUCGUGACACCAAGAUCUAGUACUGAGAUUGUUUCGAAGGUUCUCUCACAAACCAGUGCAGCUUCUACAUUCCUCAAGAAUGCUGGUAUUGAAACACCAGUAAGCAAAUCUGCUGUAUCAGCUACAAGAGAAGCACACCUACAAGAACAGCUACAAGCAGAGAAGGAAUGGGCUGAUCAUCUUGAAGAAGAACUAGACACCCUAAAGAAGAAAGCUGAAGAAACAGAAGAAUCAAUGGCCAGGACCCAAGAAGUUGUGCUCAGGACCCAACAAGAGCUGGAGGAGUUUAAGAAGAAACAAGAAGCUAGUGAUCUGAUCCUUCAGCGCAUCUUGGGCCUCAGCUCAGGUUCCUCUGUAGUUCCAUGA